AUGGCAGAAAAUGUUUACUCGGGGUUCGUUUUGAAACUUUUUUUAAAAAAAGUUUUCUUAUCAAAUUUGUAAGUUUUUCAUUUCUUAAAAUCUCUUUUUUUAUCGAAACCCUUUUCUGUGAAAAAUUUUUGAAAACUUCAAAAUUGGGCCUCUUUUUUUCGGCAAAAAUAUUAAACCUUAAACAUUCAAUUCCCGGUUUAUCUCAGUUCAUGAGGCUUCGUUUCACCUUUUUUUCAAAAAUUAAAAUUAUUUAUUUAGACUACGACAAUUUUCCUACUGGAAGGCGCAGAAACUAUGGAAAUUACUUGAUAAAAAAGUCGACAACCCGGUCUACGGGAAACAGAGAGCCUGCGAGAAGAUCAACGCUCUGGUCGUUGGGGCAGGUUUUUUAAUUUUUCCCGAAAGAAAUCGAGAAAAUGGAAUCUUUUGAGGACCCUGUGGCCUUCGUUCUGCAAUCGAACUCGCACUACUUGGCGCCAGAGUUUGCGUGGUAGAAGAACGGGAUAAAUUCAGGUACCUUUGCCCUUUCAGAUUUUUAUAGAGGUUAAUAGUGUAUUUUCAGCCGAAACAACGUCCUGCAUUUGUGGGAGUUUGUCAUUCACGACUUGAAAAGCCUCGGCGCCAAAAUUUUCUACCCUAAGUUUUGCGCCGGCAGCAUCGAACACAUUAGUGCGUUUUUCUGUUUUAAUCUUUUAAAAAAAGUCUUAUUUAAGCUCUACGAAGGGUUAGGUUCAAGUUUAACUUUGUUCGAGUUUUGUUUCUGAAAACGUUUUGUGAAAUCUAAAUUUCAAAAAAGGAUUUAAUAGGCAUCCGACAGUUACAAUGCUCUUUGAUGAAGACGGCCCUGAUGUUCGGGGUGCAGGUCCACGAAUCUGUCAGUUUUGUCAAGAUUAAGCCCCCUGGUGAUGAUGAGAAAGGUAAUCCAAUUUCAGAGAAUAAAAAAUUCAAUUAAAUCUUUUAGGAGGGACUACGGGUUUCCGAGCACUUUUAGAGCCGGCCGGACAUAUUUUAUCCGAAUUUGAUAUCGAUGUAUUGAUUGGGGCCGAUGGGAAACGCAAUACAAUACAGGGUGAGUUUGAAAAAUUUAUAAGUUGCUUUUUUUUUGUUUGUUUUUACCUUCAUUUUUUUAUCAAAUCUUUUUUUCGAACUUGUAAUGAACUUUUUUUCAGUAAUCCCUCCAAAAAAAUUCCAAGAUUUUUUUAACAACUUUUUUUGAGCUUGGUCUUUUUUUUUAAAUAUCCGAAGCUUUUCUCUUCAUUUUUUGAACGUUUGACCCAUUCAUCUUGUUCCUAAGAAUUUCUGACUUGAUUUAGAAUUUUGUUCUUUUUCUAAUAUUCCUCAGACAGUUUUUCGAAUUCAAUCUUGGGAACUCCAGAGGGGCAACUUUAUUGAACCUUGGAGCUUGCAAAAGUGGUCCCUAUAGGCCUUUUAGUUAGUGGCUUCUAUAGGGGACAUGCUAGUCGAUAAUUUUUAUGAAUUAUAUGCGAAAAACUAAAAAAAGAACCUUUUUCGAAUAAAUUUGAACGACUCCGAUAGGGACCCCUUAAGCUAUAGGGGCGAAAACCGAGCAGCCGACUUUCCAUUCUAACACACUUGUCAAAGUUUUCUUGUGAAUGUUUGUAAAUUCUAACUUGUAUGAUACCGUUUGUAACAAUAACCUAACAUUCAUGUUGAGAAAAAAUACAAUUGAAUUUGUCUCUCUCACUCGACAAUCACUUAAUAAUUGCAUUUUAUCUUGCCUAAUAAACUUGGUUUUCCAGAAAUGGUCAGACCCUAAACCCCUAGGGUCCACCUUGAUUUUACCUCUACCCCUAGGGACCACUUUUUCGGAUACCGUUGGGGCUUUUUCCCUGCCGAACCCCUAUAGAAAUUGAAAUUCUUAAGAUUGGCAGAUUUUUCGAGAAAAAAAGGAUAAAAAAAAAUUUUUUUUUCAAAUAUUCAUCGAAUAAUGAUCCCAUUGAACUCUGAAAUUUCCCAGGAUUCCCACGCAAUGAAAUGCGUGGAAGAUUGGCCAUCGGGAUUACGGCCAAUUUCGUGAAUCGAAAAAAACGGCGGCCGAGGAGAGGGUUCCUGAAAUAAGGUUCGAAUUUCAACUGGUUUCCAGGAAAAAAAGAAUUUUGAAAGCUGUGAAAAAUAUUUUUAAAAAAAGUUAUUCAUUAGCGUUUUCAGAUAGAUAUAUGUGUAGUUAGAUAUUGCCAUGGGGAUUGUGAAUAUCAUUAUCUACUAUCAAUAGCCUUUAAUUUUGAUACCUUUCACCUUUUUUGACCCUAAAUGUUUGGUGAAGCUUGUUCUUCCUAUUAAAAGCUGAAAAUGUGACGUUAUAAUUUAAACCACCUAAAUUUGAACUUCCCCUUCAAUGCUACGUGAUCUCGAAGGCAUAUGAGCUGUAAAAAUUCAAGAAAACUUUUUCAGCUCUUAGUCACCAUUAGGAGCUGAAAAUGUGACGUCAAAAGUGAGAUUACCCAAAAUUGUAGUUUUCAUUUAGUACUUAGAACGAUUUUCUCUCUAUUCUUCCCACAAUUUCUUCAAAAUGCUUCGGCUGGAUCCACUAGUGGGGUAAACGAAUUGCGGCCGAUUUCAGUAUUUUUUUCAAAUUUUCGUUUUCCGCCCAAAAUCCUGCGAUGGGAUCCAGCCAACCUAUGUCCAAAGUACAUAUGCGGCGCGACUUUUUGUCGAAAAAUGGUAGCUCGAGUUCCCCGCUGGAAAACCGCGUCGCAUACGCAACGCGUCACCCUCACCCAUCUUAUCAUGGAUGAAGUAAAGCUAUUUUACAUUUUAUUUUACAGCGGUGUCGCCUACAUUUUCAACCAGGAAUUCUUCAAGCGAAUGAAAGGAGCGACGGGUGUCGACUUGGAGAACAUUGUGUAUUAUAAGGUUUCUUUUUUUCCUGUUAACAAUAAGUCUGUUUUUCGCGACUUGAAAGGACUUAUCUGCGCUCUCUUCGUCUCUCGUCUUAAUUAGGUAUUUUCAUUUCUCUCUAACCUCGCCGGAGAGAGAACAGAGACGCAGAUAGUCGAAAACUUUCAAGCCGUGGCGAACGGACUCUACUCUACCUUGAACUUUUUGAACUUACCUGGAAGUUUGCCAGAUUUAUGAGAAAGCUCAAAAUCUCGACAAAUGGAAAUUCAUGGAUAACUGGCUGAGUGGAAUAUUUUAGAGAUCGAGCCCUUUUUUUCUUAAAAACUAGAAUUUUUUCGCAAGUCCAGAUUUUUAGGACCUUUCGAUAAUUUUUCGACACCGUAAAGUAAAAUGAUGUUCCUUUUCAAAAACGACAUUCUGAAUGAUGGCUUUAAAGGAUGAAACUCAUUAUUUCGUGAUGACGGCAAAAAAGCAAAGCCUUCUGCAAUUGGGCGUCAUCAAGAAGGAUCACGAAGACGUCGGCCUUCUUCUGUCGCCGGAAAACGUGAAUCGAGACGCCCUCGCCAAUUAUGCACAGUCGGCCGCCGAGUUCGCCACUGAUGGUUAGAAAAUUGGAGAUUAGAACGAAAUUUUGAAAAAAAGGUUACUGUACCCCCAUUGGAGGCGAUUAGGUUGAAUAGGAAGGACAAGGGACAACUAAAGAAUAUUUUUAAUGAGAAUUUAAUUUUAAUAUAAUUUUUUCUUAACUUGAAAAAAACCUGCCUUGAAGUUGAAUCUAGUACUGGUUCUGUACGGAAAUAGGGAAAACCAGGCAGUUUUAUUCAAGCAAAUAUAAUCAUAUUAUUAAAAGGAGACUGUCGAACUCAUAGCUGUGAAGAAAGAGAAGGGAAAUUAGAGAUUGGGGCGAUUAUUUGGAAAAAAUGGUUACUGUACUCCAUAGGAAAAAAGUAAAAGUUUAACAGUUCUGGCUGAAAUUUAAGUUCAAAAGCUUUUUUUCUCCACUUUAAAGAAGCUCAUGCUUGAAGCUGUCGGGCUGUUUCCAAGCAGAAAUUGGACUUUUUAAAGGUAGGACGAUAGUAAAAACCAUGCAGUUUCAUUUUUGCAAUAGCCGUAGACCAUCGAAUUUGUCACUGUAAGGGAAAAGGGAGAAAAUUAUUAAAGCGAAAAUUUAAUGAAAUGAAUAGGGUACUGUACUUCAUUGUAGGCGAUUGACCUGAAUAGAGAACUUUCAAUUAACUGCUCCUAUGAAUGUGGAAAAAGGCUUCUUCAAACUGUCAAAACAUCUGUAAGAAUGAUUAUUCAGAAAAGCUUCCCUUGCUGGAGUUUGCCAAGAACCACCGAGGUCAUCCCGACAUUGCCAUGUUCGAUUUCACGUCUUUGUUCUCCUCAAGAUGCGCCGUCCGAAUCUGGGAGAGUCGCGGAAAAAGUCUGCUCGUUGGGAUUGUCGGCGACUCGUUGCAUGAGGUAGAUCAGUUUUUCUUGGUGAUAAAAAUGAACCGGAAACCGUUCAGCCAUUCUGGCCGACGGGCUCUGGAUGUGCCCGCGGGUUCCUGGGCGUCCUCGACACGGCCUGGCUCAUCCGAGAGUUUGGCCUCGGCAAGCGUGGACUGCUCGAGGUUCUCGCCGAACGGGAGAGCAUCUACCGUCUCCUCGCCCAAACCACCAAGGACAACAUGCACAAGGCUUUGAGCAAGGUAGACCACUUUGAUUGAAAACGACAUGUUUGAAGAUAUUUUAGAGCCUUACUCGACUUGUUUUUGUUAGCAGAAUAUUUCCAUUUGAAUUGAGAAUCAAAAACGCUGGAGUGAUCACUGGAGGGGCUACCUUAAGGUUCCCCUCUAGGACCAGUUACCUUGCCUAGAGCUUGCAAAAGGGGCCAUUCUGGGAAACAUUUUUCGGUAUUGAUAUUUUUUGUAAUUGAAUGACCACUAUAGUAGAGUUCUCAAAACCGAACGUUCAAAAAAUGACCGUUUGAAAAAAAUGAACUUUUUUUCAUUUUUUUCGAUAGUUUAGGAUAUAUCAUUUUUCAAACGUUCAACCAAAAAGUUCGAAAAAUCGUUUUCUUAUAAUAAUGAACGUUUGCUUUUUCACAUAAAAAAACGGACGUUCGUUUUUUUGAACGAACUGUUUUUGAAAUGGAAAAAUGAACGUUCACUUUUUUUGAACGAACUUUUUCACGAGCGAAAAAAAUGAACGUUCAUUUUUUUAAACGAACUUUUUGGAAAUGAAAAAAAUGAACGUUCAUUUUUUUGAACGAACUUUUUGAAAAUGAAAAAUGAACGUUCAUUUUUUGAACGAACUUUUUUAAAAUGAAAAAUGAGCGUUCAUUUUUUGAACGAACUUUUUGGAAAUGAAAAAUGAACGUUCAUUUUUUGAACGAACUUUUUUAAAAUGAAAAAUGAACGUUCAUUUUUUGAACGAACUUUUUUAAAAUGAAAAAUGAACGUUCAUUUUUUAAACGAACUUUUCACGAGCGGAAAAUGAACGUUCAUUUUUGAACAAACUCGCGAUCGAGAAUGAACGUUCAUUUUGAACGUACUUUCGAAUUUCCAGCGAAUAUUCUUAUAAUUACGACAUGGAACAUGAUAUAUUGAGUUUUCGUUAUAGCUGAUUCACGGCUGGCUUGAGCCAUCGCGAAAAGGGUCCUGCCACGAAUAGAGACGAGACAGUGCCCUAGUUGGUGGAGAGUGCAGACAUGCCACGCCUUUUUUGCGUCCCAAGUUAGCCGUGAAUCAUCUAUUAAUCGCAAACCGCUACUCCCUGACGUCACUAUGACAUCAUUCGAAACACAAGAAAUAAGCGUAAUCUAAAUAUUUGGCUAUAUAAUUAUUUUUAUUUACGUGAAAAAAAUGGCCUACUUUCAACUGAAUCCAUUCUUUCCGAAUCGAAUCCGAAUCGGCCAUUCAACCGAACCCAUUCUUUCCGAAUCGGUUAAUUAUCAAUCCGAAUCGGAUAUUUUUCAACCGAACCCUAGAAAAUUUCCAAAUAUUCUUCCGAAUCGGGCGUUCAAUCCGAAUCGGUCAAUGAAACCAAUUUUAUUCAAAUUUUUUUCUUUCUUUACUAUUUAUUUUUCAUUUAAACUCACUGUAUAUUCAGAAAUUUAAUAUGAUCUGGGAGAGAUAAACGGAGUACAGCCAAAGCCUAUCAAAACUUGAGUGUGUGCAAUAUCUUCACAAAGCUGAAGACUUCUCAUUGCUACAGAUCAUUUUUCGGCUUUUUCCUCAAUUUUUCUCGCCCAUAGCCGACUUUCAGCUUUGCCCUUGACUAUUUAGAUACAUCUGUCCAGAUCACUUUUUUCAACAUUUUUUUUUGAUUUUAACCCAAGUUUGAAUUUGAAAGUAUCUGGUCUAUGACUUCUUUUAGGGUCGUCUGAGAGUAGAAAUGAAGUCGCCACAGAUACUGCCAAGUUUCCUGAUCUUGGCAUGACUUUUUCAGAUUUUUCCAAACAUUUUUUUAAUUAUUUCUUUUUUUCAGUCAGUCAAUUGUUUCUCUGUUUUAGUCACAGAUAUUAUCGACUGAGCUGGAUUCAAGAGCUUUUGAAGCCCCAUUCAAAAUCGUCUCUGGCGAAUUGGAAGUGCAAAUUUGUAGUUCAAGGAGUUGAAAGCAUUUUCUGACGUUCCUGCGGUUCAUUCUUCUGAGCGUAGUUCACCAGUUGCGCUAUGACGAGUUCAAAAAUUUGAUUAAUUUUUGGAAUUGGAGCGCGGAGAUCGUGUUACAGGUCAAAUCUCAAAAAAAUUAGAAAUUUUUAGUUUAAUCUCAGGUUUUUUUCUGGCUGGAACUUUUUUUAAAAUAAUUGCCAAGUUUUUUUCUAGAUAUGUUUCUACUGUCAAUUUCUGAACAGGUUUCGCAUUAGCGCGGGUGAUAAUGAUUUAAGAAAAAAGCUCAGCGAGAUUCACCUAAUAAAUGAGCUUGACUAAUACUAAUUCUCAGUCGUUGCAAUUAUUCAGAAUGUAAGAAAAUCUGCUAGCGACUUGUUAGUAUUGAUUUCAUUUUUUUUUAAAUUCCAAAUUUUCCAAUAAUUCAAAACGCGUCGCCAGAAGAAAUCUUAUCUCUUUCAGAUCGUUACACAGUCUAAGAUUAGUACAUGCAGAGUUCAGAGUGUUAUGCGAAACAAGAUUUGCAGACGGUCACGCGGAAGGCCAAUCUCAAGCAGAAUUCACCCAUUCGAGAACCCAUCUAGCUGUUUUUCUUCCGAGUUUCAUCCGAAACAUGAGGAACGAGAAAAAUCAAAGCUCAAGUUCAUUGACUUUAUCAAUUGGAUUUUUGAGGCAAAUUUUUAAAAAAAAGACUGUGUUAAAGGGGUCUGAGGAGGUCCAAAAGUCUCUGGAAGCUCUCUCGAAAACCAUUGAUAUACUUUUCCUACAGCCUUGAGAAUGAGUGAAAAUCAGUGCGAUCAAAUUCCACAUAUUUAAAACAAAUUUCAAAAGAAAAACAAAUUUUGGCGUGAAUUAUCAUUCAAAGUAAUUUAGCAAAAUGAUUUCUUAAAAAUUUUCGUUUAUUUUCCUUUUGCCGGUCUUCUUGCUAGAAUCACUUUGAGAGCGGCAUAAAGACACGGCACUCCUUUUCACGAUAUUAUAACUCAAACUUUGAAAGGCUUAAUUGACAUGAAAAAUUGAUGUAAAAAAUUCAACUUUUUGGGCCUAAAUUUUGUUUUUUGGAGAAAAGUGAAAAAAAAAGUUCAAUACGAACUUUAAAACAUUAAUUCUUCUCAUUGUAGAAUAUCAGUUGUUGGAAAACCUGAAUAAAAAAUAUAAAACACAAAGUAAAAUCAGCGAAAUUUUAGGCCAGAUUUUUUUUUUCAAAAAAUUGAGAUUUAGCGUCGAUAAUUUCAAGUAAUUUGACUGUAGAGAACUAACACUAAAUGUAAAAAGUCAAAAUGAAAAAAGCAAAAAAGAGCAGAGAAAAAAACCCGCCAGAAACUUAUUUUUUUGGCAAUGGAUUUUUCGAAAAACUGGCAAUUAUCCAAGUGUACGGGAACAUAGGGUCCCAAAGCGAUGAGAUAGCGCGCCAAAACUCUUGGCGCCUGCUUAAAUUACGUUUUUUUAGUUGUUUUUUUCUUCAAUGUUUCUUUUUCAAUUCUUGUGUUUUUCUGUAUAGUUUCAUCACUUAUAGACUUUGCUUAAUAUUAGUAUUUUUGCUAUAGUCAUUCUUUUUUUCUUAUAUUUAUUCGCAGGUUUCACAUCUUUUUCAAGAAAAAAAUUUUAGGCCCAAAAAAAUUUUUUUAAUCGGUUUUUCGUCAUUUAAAAAUUUUUUUCAUUUCAUUUCCCUAUCAAGUUUCAUGGAAAUUAAGGAAUAAUCCGACGUUACCAACAUGUUUGAUUUUUCAGCAUGAACGUCGGAUUAUACCGAAAUUAAAUAUCAUUUCGGAAGAAAUAUUGCGUGAUAACGACUUUAAAUUUUAGUUUGAAAUCGAUUGAUAAAGUCAAUGCAAUUGGGCUGUAAUUUUUUUUUUGUUCCGCUCGUUUCGGAUGAAACCAGUGAAGUUCGGUAUAAAAUAUAGGUCAUUCCGCGCCAGCUUGUCACGAUUUCCAGUUUAUUUGGAGCUAGAGAAGCCUUUUCGGCGCUUCGCUUCGAUGCUCUCGGUGUGCCCCCUUGCGUGCGCCUUUAAUAAAACUCAUUAUUUUUGGAACUUUGGAAUUUUUCCUAUUCUACAAAAAAACAGUUGUAACAUCAAAUUUUAUAUCACAUUAACCCAAAAAAACUAUAUGCAAGAAAAAGCUCGAACAGCCGGUUUCAUUAAUAACAAUUAAAAAAAGUAGUAAUUCAAUCUUUUUGAUUUUUCUUUUUUUCUUACAAAUCCAGCACAGAAUCUGAGUGUGUAUAGUCCAAGCGAAAAAUGAAAUCAAUCCAUCGAAAACAACCUCGUAAAUUAAUAGAAGAGUGAGAGGAAAUUGAAGCAAUAUCUUAAUCAGAAAUAAUAUUUUAUUAAAGGCGCACGCAAGGGGGAACACCGAGAGCAUUGAAGCGAAGCGCCGAAAAGGGAGUUCUGUAGCUCCGAGGAAAAUUAAAAAUCGUGACAAGCUGGCGCGGAAUGACCUAUACUUGAAUUCUGCUUGAGACUUCCGCGUGACCGUCUGCAACUCUUGUUUUUGCAAAACGCUCUGAAUUCGGAAUGAAUUUCGUAGUGAACAAUUCGAAAAAAAUUCUUACUAAUAAGUCCGCAGAUUUUUUUCUAUAUAUAGCGCUAUGUAAGCAACGACUGAGAACUAGUUUUAGUCAAGAUUAUUUAUUAGGAAAACCUCUCGAAGCUAUUUUCAAGUGACUGUCACCGUCAAUUCCGAAAAUGUUCAGAAGUUUACAGUAGAAUCGCCAUCUGACAACUUAAAAGAAAACAAAAAAAACUUGGCGAUAUUUUUCAAAAAGUUAUAAAUAGAAAAAAACCUGAGUUUAAACUAUAAAUUAUAUUUAGUUAGAACAGUUUUAACAAAUGAACUGAAAGUUCUGUUCCUAGAAAAAGAUAGAAAAAAAGGCGAAAAGAUCAGCUCUUUUUAUAAAAAUCUUCCCUUGAAGUGAUUUCUUUCAUUUCAAGGAUUUGAACUAGAGCACGAGCUUCGUGAAGGACCGUCAGACAGUUCUAUCCACUCCUUCGACUACAAAUUUGGACUUCCAAUUCGAUGAAGUUUGAAAAACUCUUGCAUCCAGCUCAGUCGAUAAUAUUUGUGCCUAAAAACAGCGAAAUAAUUGACUGGCUGAAAAAAAGAAAUAAUUAAAAAAAUGUCUGGAAAAUCUGAAAAGUCAUGCCAAGAUCAGGAAACUUGGCAGUAUCUGUAGCGACUUCAUUUCUACUCUCAGACGACCCUAAAAGAAGUCAUAGACCAGAUACUUUCAAAUUCAAACUUGGGUUAAAAUCAAAAAAUGUUGAAAAAAAAGUGAUCUGGACAGAUGUAUCUAAAUAGUCAAGGGCAAAGCUGAAAGUCGGCUAUGGGCGAGAAAAAAAUUGAGGAAAAAAAGCCGAAAAAAAUGAUCUGUAGCAAUGAGAAGUCUUCAGCUUUGUGAAGAUAUUGCACACACUCAAGUUUUUGAUAGGCUUUUGGCUGUACUCCGUUUAUCUCUCCCAGAUCAUAUUAAAUUUCUGAAUAUACAGUGAGUUUAAAUGAAAAUAAAUAGUAAAGAAAGAAAAAUUUGAAUAAAAUUGGUUUCAUUUUUUUUUGACCGAUUCGGAUUGAACGCCCGAUUCGGAAGAAUAUUUGGAAAUUUUCUAGGGUUCGGUUGAAAAUAUCCGAUUCGGAUUGAUAAUUAACCGAUUCGGAAAGAAUGGGUUCGGUUGAAUGGCCGAUUCGGAUUCGAUUCGGAAAGAAUGGAUUGGGUUGAAAGUACGCCGAAAAAAUUGAAGAAUGGGAAGAGCCUGAAAUAAUAUGAAAAUUUUUUCGAGUCGAAUCUAAUUUUAUAAAUUUAAAACGUGAAAAAUAAAUCAAAUAAUAUGGCUGCGUGUGCGAAUCGCCAAGCCACGAUGACGUCAUAGGGAUGAUGUCAGGGAGUAGCGGUGUGCGAUUUAACUCGAAAUGAAUUAUUGGCAGAGGAAGACACUCAGAAGAAAAAAAUGGCAGACCGUUUUUCUGUUGAAAUUAGCAUGCCAGCGCGCAGAUCCUCGACAGUGUGGAGAGCGGGGAGAGUACGAGUCUGGUCACUCCAAGUUUACAAUUCUCUCUAAACGGAUGUAUGCGCGCUGGCAUGCCGUUUGUUUUUUGACAUUCGUGCUGGCUCGCAUGUUUGAGACAGUACCACAGCGGCCGGUGUCCGGUCAAUAUUGCGCAGUCAGUUUCGGAGCCAGGAAACUUUUUUUAAUUUUAUUACAUUUUGCAAUUAAAAAUCGAACAGAAAAUGAACGUUCACAUAAAAAAACGAACGUUCGUUUUUUUGAACGAACUUUUUAAAAUGAAAAAAACGAACGUCCGUUUUUUUGAACGAACUUUUUACGAACGAAAAAAAUGAACGUUCGUUUUUUUGAACAAACUUUUUACGAACGAAAAAAAUGAACGUUCAUUUUUUUGAACGAACUUUUUAAAAUGAAAAAAAUGAACGUUCGUUUUUUUGAACGAACUUUUUACGAACGAAAAAAAUGAACGUUCAUUUUUUUGAACGAACUUUUUUUGGAAAAUGAAAAAAAUGAACGUUCAUUUUUUUGAACGAACUUUUUGAAAAUGAAAAAAAUGAACGUUCAUUUUUUUGAACGAACUUUUUGAAAAUGAAAAAAAUGAACGUUCAUUUUUUUGAACGAACUUUUUUUACGAACGGAAAAAUGAACGUUCAUUUUGGUUGAACGUUCAAAAGCAAACUUGAACCAAAAGUUUGGUUUCAACAUUUGUUCGAAAAAUGUUUGGUCGAACGUUCGUUCGAACGUUUGGUUUUGAGAACUCUACACUAUAGGGGCUUAGAGGUCAGAUUUUAAACCUCUAUAGGGACCUCGUAAGUUCGACUCCUCAAGGGAUCGCUAUUUUGUCCCCAUAGGAGAGCUGUUUUUCUCAUAACUCCUCUAGGGACCACUUUGGUCAUAAGUCUACUGAUGUCUUCCUUAUCUGCGUUAUCUUAUUUUUGAAAACCAUUGGAAAAAAAGAACUUUUUCUGAAGCGAGAGCAAGUUCUGGUAUUUUUCUACGUGUUAGUGCGAAAGUCGUUUCAAGUCGGGUGCGCCUUUAAGCUUCAUGUCAAAAAAUGUAGAAAAGAAGUGACAACCUAGCGUGGAGUGGCCUCCGUUUUCAAGCAAUUUCGUGUGAAUAGACCUUGUUUACGACAAUUUUUUCAGUACACGAUUGAUCCACGAACUCGAUACGUCUCCCUGGAGAUGACUCUGCAGCCGGCGGACGUCGUCGACAUUAUUUGCUCUGAUAAUCCGCGGCCAGGUAGUUAAUCAAAAAAUUGUCAUAUUAACCGAGAUAUUUGAUACAAAUAUCGAGGUUAUCAAAUCUAGAACUGAAAAUCACUUCACAAUUUUGGGGAUUUGGCCUUCAAAGCAUUCCUUUUCACUUCAAGACUUCUAACUUUCAUUAAAAUUUGCAUUUUUCACUUCAUUUUUAAGUCACAGAGAGAUGAAGUUUUAAUUUCCAGCUUCCGCCGCGGAUAGGGUUCCUCUCAACCGAACUACCAGUGCCCAUGAGGAUCCAUCAGAUCUCAUUGCAAUGUACGAAGUGCUGCGAUUCGUUCAAGCGGCCCUCGCUGGCCACAAACUCAAAGUCUUUGAUUUUGACUUGAGGUUGAAUUUUCAGCCUAAAACUAAUUUUCAAUCUGAUGCUUUUGCAGUUUACGUGAUGGCCGUGUACUUGCCGCACUCGUCGCCAAAUUUCGACCAGAUCUUUUGGACUUACAAGAAGUUUUGUCGAUGGAGAACGUUCAGAGGGUCGAAGUGGGUAAUAAAAAAAAGGGGAAAAAAUCGGAAAAGCUUGAAAAUUUUAUUCGUAGUUUAUUUAGGCAUUUUAUGAAACAAAGUUGUUUUGUGGUGAUUGAAACUAGUUUUUGACUUCCUAAAGGUAGAAAAUCAAAGAUUCUUUUCAAAAAACCCGAUAUUCAAUAAAAAUACAAGCAAAACGUUAUGAUGAAAACAGGAAAAAAAUGGACAAAAAAAUUUCAAAUUUUUGGUUCUAGAAAAUUUGGUUUCUGUGUUUCUUCAAAAACUAGUGCUAGUCCAAGUAAAGUGGUAAAAUCUCAACGGAAAGCUCUAAAAAAAAAGAUUUUGUACAGAAUAAAUAUUAGUGACUCUCAGAAAGUUUUCGAAACGAUCGAAGAAUCUUUGGACGUCCUUUCCCCGUGUACCUCCAAGUACUGGCCCAACUUGAGCCGACCCCGCAAGUUUUCCUACGUGUCGGCGAUCGUCGAGGCGAUCCGGAAAGACGGAUCGGCCGUCGCCAGAUGUCUCAUCACUCCCAGAGCCCAUUCUCUCAAAAGGAGGAUCAUCGAGCCGGUAAAACAGCAAUCUGAGGAUAGAUGCAAAUUAUCAAUCUCUGCAGCUCAAAAUCACGGUCAACGCGAAAAAGAGCGGCGCCAUCGCCGAACUGAGCGCCUCUUUGUUCGGCCGAUCCUUUGAUGAUGCGCUCAUCGUUUCGCAAGCUGUGGUGAGUUUCUAGGGGAUAGUGAUGUGAUUUCAAGGUCAACAAAAGAGAUUUUUUCAUUUCAACGUCUGAAACUUGGCUAUAAAAUAUCAUGAGGUAUCGAAAAAGAAGAUUUAGGAAGUUUCAAGCUGCGCAAACUCCUAGUUUCGUAUUGAAAAACGUGUCCCUUCGAAGUAUUUGGAGAAAAAUGCACCAAAUUUGAAAGAAAUGGAUGACUGGAUGACUUUUUUGUGACAAAUGUUCCUUUUUUUCUUUUUGUGCCAUUUCAUCGGCUUUUGUGAACCAUUUUUGACGCCUCUCCCUUUUUCCACCAUUCCUUGAUCCUCUGGAAUCCUAGAAUAAUCGAAGACUCGAUAAAGGGACACUCUUUGCUGCCUUUUUUGAGCCUCUCCCUUUUAACGGCCAUCAUCCACCAUUCCGGCUUUGCCCGAGGGACUUUUACUUGUCCUUUUCACUCUUUUUACUCGGAAAAAUAGAUGAGAAUGAUGAUUAGACGAAAAGUUAUGAGGUCCCCAAUCUUGACCUACACCAGUUAAUCUAGAGCAGUUUUUUUCAUAUUCUCUUCCUUUAGGACGAACAGCAGCGACACGAGGAACGAUUAACGCGAAUCAAAACUGAAAUCCGUUUGGAAAGAAUGCCCGAGACGAGUCCCUCCAAGAUUGAGAAGUUGAACCCGGAUCUUGUUGAAAAGGUAAAUUUAACGAGAAAAGAACCGGGACAACAAGUUUUCAAAGUUUAGGUCAAGAAAAUUGUCUCGGGUGAGAAACAAAAGGAAAAUCUCCGGGAAAUGUACGACAAGAAACAGUCGAAAACUGGCCGUCUGGAUCCCUCGGAAAUCGCGACCUUGGAGAAUCGACUGAACAAGUCUCCGACGCCUACGAGGGCCGAGCAUCUUUCGAGUCAGGAGGAGAAGGUUUGGAGGAAAUUUUGAAGAAAAAGAAGGGCAAUUAAGAACUUGACAAUGUUUAAAAGAAGUGUCAGAUAUCUAAAAUUCAAAAAGUUGAUCAUUAAACCUUUAAAAAUAUCUUUUUUUGGCUAUAAGCGUUCAGAAAAAACCCGAAAAUUUGAAAUUUAAAGGAUCAGCACAACAUUGGAAGAAAUUUUCUCGCCACGAUCAGCUCAAUAUUGUCCAAAUUCAAGAUUUAUAUGUUUUUUUAUAGUUAUUUGCAAAAUUCAAGUCAAGUUAGAGGAACAAGUAUAUUUAUUGGAAAAAAGAGAGCUUUUCAAAAAAUUCAGCUGACUAUUUUCAAGAUUCUCCGAGCAAAAGCCGCCGAUGCACGAAAAGAAGCUGCCAGCGGCUUCAGUCGCGAAUAUGAGACUUUGCGGUUUGAGGUGGGCUAUAAGAUCCUUUGAGAAAUUACUGUCCAUAAUCUUUAACGAACUGAUUUUCCAGAAGUACGACAAGGUGAUCAACGAGUCGGAGAAGGCGGCGAAACGACGCGAACUCGUCGGCAUCGACCCCUUCAACCGACAACGCCGUGCCACGACGGCCAUCGUCUUCCCCAACGGCGCCUCGACGUCCUCUGCCGUCCCGAAUCCGCCGGUCAAGUCGUUCACCGUCGAGAACGGCGAGAACGGCGUCGUCUUCAGGGUCGGUCUCCUUGUCGUGCUCGUGUCGUUGAUCAUCGUCUGCUUCGUGUUAUCCUAAGGCCUUUCUUUGAUCUAGGCUUUAUGAGAAGACUUUAGAAAGUAUUAAGCAACUUUUUCGAGGCUAGGUGCAUGAUGAUUAGGAGUCUCAGCUAGUUUAGAACUCAAAAAUUCAUAUUUUCACAAUAAUUUUCCGAAAUAACUUUCUUGUUUGUCCUGAAGUUCUUCUUCAAUCUAGGCUUCAUGAAAGGAUAUUUAGAAGAGUUAUGGUUAGAAGGGAUUAUUGAGACCAGCUGCACAAAAAUUCAGAAUCCUAAGCUGCUUUAGAACUGGAAAACUGACAUUUUCUCAAGAAUUUUCAAAAUUGACUUGCCGGUUGAUUUUUUUUUUUUCAAGUUUCGCGUUUUUUUUAGGUUCCAGGAGAAGAUUUUGAGAAGAAAUAUAGUUUGAAGCGAUUUCUCGAGGGCAGUUGCAUGAAAAUUAAGAUUCUAUCCUAGUUUAAAGCUCGUAAAAAUCAGAUUUUCUUAUUAUCAAAAAUAACUGGCUGGCUGUCUUUUUUUUCUAGAUUUUCGUCUUUAAACUAGGCUCUAUGAAAGGAUAUUAGAAAGAGUUAUGAUUUGAAGCAAAUCUUGAAAAAUUUCGGGUCCCAAACUGGUUUGAAAUUCGUGAACCCAGAUGUUCACAAAACUAACUUGCGAUUAUGGUUAGUUAAUUAUUGUGUUCUGAACUAUUUUUCAUUUACGUUCGCAUUUUUACUAACGUGUUUUCCUGAGGUUUUUCUUAACCACAGACUUCAUGAUUGAAUAUCGAGAGAAAGUAUGGUUUCAAGCGACUUUCUAAGGCUAGAGGCAUGGAAGUCAGGAUCCUGAGCUGGUUGAGAGCUAGAAACCUCAUUUCUUCCUAGGCAUUUCCGAAAUUCGUACGAUUAUGAUGUGAAUUUUCAUAUUCAAAUUGCAUUAAUGUAACUAUACUUGGAAAGUCUUCAAAAACUACCCUGUUAUUUGCAUAUUAAGUAAAUCGGUUAUUCAACAACGAGGUUUAUUCAACCAUUGUUAGUUUAUUACUACUCACCUGAGCCAAGCUCACCUUUUUUUUUCAUUCAUUUUUCUUGCUAACUUGUAAAGUUGUGACAAUAAAGUUUGUUCGAUUUAUUCAAUAUUGAAAGUUGUUCUUGGCUUGUCAUCAAUUCAAUUCCGUUCUAUCAAUUUUUUAUUUCAGCCGAUCGCGUCGGUGGAACCGAAAAGACAAACUUCGAUGGUGGAAACCGCGUUCGACAGCCUGAAUCCCAGAAAACAGGAGACGUGCAAGCUUUGCGAGAAGGUAUCACAUUGAGAUUCUAGAAACUGAUUUGAAAUUUUUCGCAGUAAUAAUCUAAUGGAAUAAAAUCGGCUUAAUUUUCUGCUAAUCAUAAGUUUUUUAUUUCUAAAAUAAUUUGACUAAAUAAGGAUUCAAGUUGUAAAAAACGGUGAAGAAUCGGCCUUGAUACAUUUUUAAAAAAUCGAUUUUACAGCAUUUUUCUCGAUUUUUUGGUCUGAAUAAGGAAAACUUGGCCUAAUUUCAUGUUCAUUUGAACUUUUUUUAUUCUCCAUCUUUUUGUGCCAAUUUAGGGCCCGUUUUAUAAGUUCCUACAAUAUCUACAAGUAUAUUGAUAAAAAUAGAGCAGCUGAAAACAAAAUUUUUUCCAAAAUAUUUUUCCAGGUGGUCUACCUGGCUGAAAGAGUACAGGUCGGAACGAUUUUCGUUCAUCGAAACUGUUUCCGAUGCGCGUAUUGCUCACAACCGCUCCGAAUCGGCGCCUACUGUACUGAUAAGGACUUGGAAUAUCAUUAUCCUAAUCGGUAGCCCGAAAAAAAAAACGGCCUUUUUAUUGAAAUUUUCCAUCCCAGAUUAUUCUACUAUUGUCGAACGCACAUGCAAAUCCCGUUGCGAGAGAAAAUAUCGAAAAUUGGCCGAGUGGAACGGGCGAUUCAGAGGAAAAAGAGCAGCGAGGACGAGGAGUCGAGGUCCGUUUGACAAGGGGAAUUAUAGAUCUCUUGAGUCUUCAAAUUCUCUAGAGAGAGAAAAAGGAUUUUGAUUCCCCUUUAAAUCGACAUUGAAAGCUUAAAAAUUUUGCCGCAAAAAGGUCAAAAAGGACUAAAAAGGAAUUUGUUGGAUCUUUCUAGAAUUUCGUUCCAAAAAAAAAAUGGAGAAAGGAUUCCGAUUCCAACUUUGACUUGGCCCUGAAAAAAUUUGUUCCGGCCUAAAAAAACCCAAAAAGGCCUAAAAAAUAAUUUUUCGGAUCUGCUAUUGAAAUUCUUUCUUUUUUUUUAGUUCCAUCAUAGGGACCAUUUUACUUGUAGACUUCAAGUUUUUUGAUUUCUGUUCAUUGAUUCAUUAUUUUUUUGUAUCACGAAACUUUUAACCCAACUUUUCGAUGAAGAAAAACUGAAAACUUUCAGUUCGGCCACGGCAAAACAAGAACAACUGGAAGAGAUUUCUGUGCAAAAAUCGUAAGUUUUAAAAUUGUAAGAAACCGAAAAAUAUAGAAAUUUUUGAAAUAGCACCAUAAAAAGUGUAAAAUCAUCUUUUUCGAAAUAAAACUAGGUUGGGAAUCCCUUGAAAAUCGGCCAGAAUAUUUUUGGAACUGCUAGAUGAAGGUUCAAAAUUUCUCAUUCCGCGAAAAUUCUUAGUUUUUGAGAUCUCAGAAUAUCCUUUUUUCAAAGUUACUGUUGUUCGUUUUGGUUCAGAGUGCUCAUAAAUCAGAAAACAAGAAAAUGUGCAGUUUUGGCUUCCAGGAUCUUUUUUGGUACAUCAAGUAGUAUUCAGGAUAUCUUCAAAAAUGACCUUUUUUGAAAGCCGAUUCCUAGAAAAUAGUUUGAUAUUGUUAUAUUUCAACUUUCCUGUUAAUUUUGACACUUAUUGUUUUUGAUUAUUUCAUCUUCAGAUCACCCUCUGAACCAGAGCUAACAGCAGUUCCGCGGCAACAGUCGACGACCACGCUCAACUUCUUCUCGCCCGAACAAAUGCGAACCCGAGCCGAGCAGAAAAUCAAGAACUCGGCGAUGGUAGAUGAUCAAAAUAGGUCUGAAGUGAUCAUUCAUCCGCAAUCAGGCAUCGAUGAUCACCUCCCCUGGGUUGGAAGUCGGCCAAGUCUCGCAGAACACCCCGGAAAGAGCCGAGUUCGGAGCCCACAUCCGCAACAGUCGGCCCUCGUCUUCUGUAGGGAUUUCAGCUGCUUCAAACAUUUUAUUUUGUUUUUUCGUGAAGAUCAUCGGGUUUUUUGAAGUCUUUAGAAUCAUUUUCGACUCAGAGGGUUCAGAGAUUCUCUGAAAAGGGGUCCAAAAACUCAUUCAUUCACCAGAAAAGAUCCCAAAAGUCAAACUUUGUUAGGCUUUGAGUCCUAAUUUCAACCUAUUGAGUUUUUUUUGUUUAGGCUUCCAGAGUUUCUAGAUGUUCUCCUCCCUGUAUCCUUUCUUGAUUCGAUUUCACACUCACUGAAGUUAGGAAUAUGAUUUUCUUGAUCAAAUUAGGUUAUAUUGGUUGAAAAGCGAGCUAUUCUUUGAUUUUUACAAAAAGCCACCGAUUUCCAUGGACUUAUUGCUUCCAGCUAAAUCCAAGAGAUCAAGCGUUUUAUGGACAUUUAUCAGGAUUUUUCCAAUCGCUAACAAAAAUUGUUUUCCUUUUGAACUUCCAAUGAUAGCCAUACCUUCUAUGGCGUUAUUUUUAAAGAUAUUUUCUCCGCUUUCAAAUACCUGGAUCUGUAACAGACAUUUUCAAGUAAAGAAUUCAUGAGAUCAGGAGGAGGGGUUGACACAUGGAAAUUUACCAAAAAUUAAAGUAGUUGAGAAGCAAAUAAUUUAUAUUCUAGGCGUUGAACUAUGAGGAAGCUGAACGGGUCACUUUGACGGAUUCGACUUCGGACAGCGAAGAUGAAGAGGAAGAGGAACUCAGUGGAAUUAUUAAUGGUAAUUAGUUCCCUGCUCAUCAACCUGAAGAAAAUCGUCUCUGAUGCCGUGUUCAAUUUGAUUCCGCGAAAUGCAAAACACCCGUUAGAGAAAGGAAAAGAUCACUAGAUUUUGGAGAGUCAGAGAUCAUUUUGCAUUUCGCGGAAUCAAAUUGAACACGGCAUGAUAAUGGUAAAUUUGAAUAGUAGGGUUCAACCAGGGGCGCACUUUCAAGCGGAAAAAUAAUGGGCCUGAAAUUUGUUUCAUAGAACUUCUUCAAAGUUUUCAAAGAUUGGGUAGAUACUUGAAAAACCUAUUCUUGGAACACUAGAUCUACUUUUUUAGCGAAAAAAAAAAUCUCCGGUUAUCAAAUCUGAAAAACCUUUCUGAAAUAUAUUCCAUGUCGUUUGUCUUUUUUGUGUGUUCCUAUUUUUUCAUCGUCAGAUCCCGUCGCUUCUGAAGACGAGGCGCCGACGAACGAAGCCGUGCCGGAUGAAGAAGACGUCGAAGACGAGCUGGAGGAUGAGGAUUUGGCAGAGGUGGAAAGAACUUUCAACGAGAUCCUGGAACAGCAUCCCGACCAGCAGUUUGAUAGCCAAGCGGUACGCACUUUUUUAUUCGUGUCAAGACCAUUUCUGUCAAAAAUCACUGUUUUUGUUGCAAAGCCCCAUCGAGUACUGAACUGUGUAAAGUUGUCUUUUAAGGGUUCGAGUUAUAGAUUCAGUCUUUCAUAGUGACUCUUGAAAAAAUGACUCCACUUAAGUAGCCUCUUAACGUGUUUUGACUUAAAAGGGCUUCUGAGGGGUCUCUUAAGCGAUUUUCGUGCAAAGAAGUCUUCUGAAAAAUUAAAUUUUCCUUGGUCUUUUUGUGAUGUUCAUUUAUCUUGGAAGAACUGUCUUUAUUGAAAAACUUUUCUUGAGUGGUCACUUAAGCUAGCUAGGGAACGUUUCAAAAGCAGGACACUUCAAAAGCCCGAAAUAGCGCUUUUUUGGCCUAAUUUGCGUAUUUUGCACACUUUGAAGCUCCAUAACUCCGAAACAAGAUCUAUUGCGAGAAUUUUUUUUCUUGAACAUUUCUUGGUAAGGAUAUUUAGUGGAAAACGAGAGAAAAGUAGCUUCUACGGUUCAAACAUACAGUCAAGAACGUUAUGGAUCAAAUUAUAGCCUUAAACUGUCGUAGUUUCAAUUCAUCAACCAAUAUCUGAAACUCAAAAUUAGCAAUACAAUUAUUUUUUCAUUUUCUUUAGGACAAAGAAGUCCUUGUGAAAACGGCCCUGGAACGGAUCAACCACCGUCGGAGUGUCUACAUGACGCCGAGUGCCGCUCGCUAUCCACCGAAAAGCCUCAAAACCCCUCGGCAAAGUGUCGGUUUUUGAGGAGAUCUCGCUUUCUUUUGGACUCGAAUUACAUGAAAUACGCUCAAUUUUUCAGAGCAUCCAAAACGAAGAUUUGUUCUUCACGCCGGCUGUCUCAUUCCGAAAGCCAAAAGAGGAAGAAGAAGAUGACGAAUCGCGGAAUCGAGCCGUCAGUAUUGCCGUCGACAGUGAAAUUGGCAACUAUGAGCUCUACAUGACCCCCUGCGCUGCUAAUAUUCAACAGGUAUCAGAAAUAUACCUGAUUGAAGCUUUGGAAGACGAGAAAAUACGCUCCAAUGGCACAACUCUUAGGAUUAUCAGAUUUUUAGAGCCGGACACAGAAAAAAGUUCAUAUUUUGAACACCAAGUAGAUUUGAAAACGCUCUGUGGAUGUCUCGCUCUUUGAUCGGUUUAUCGCGUCAUUAGGGGCGGAGCUUGAGCGAUGACUUGCACUAUCAAAAUCUGAACGGACUUUAUAGCGCCAGGCGUUUGAGCGAUUCUGAAUUAUUUUUAAAAAAGGUCAAAAAAUAUAUAGCAAGUUUUUAUUUCAUCGCUAUGUCUCAAAAGUUCAUAAAACGCUUCAGUUCUUGGAAAAAAAAAUUGAAAUCGAGAAAUAUUAUGAAAAUGGUAAAAUUUCUUCGCUUUCUCGGUAGUUCAAGUCUUUUUUCACUCAAGUGGUUACUCAAGUGUUUUGAACGCCCCUUUAGAGUCCCCUUGAUGCCAGAAACGCCCUGAAAGUUUACCCAAAGCUUGAGGGGCUGUUAAUGUUAGAAACAUUAACUUUGAGGUCCUAAAGGACUUUUUGAAUUUUUAGUCUCAAGGAUAGAUUAAGCUUUCGCGGUCUGAUAAUCUGUUCGCAUUGAAGUAAAUUCAGUGCUGACAAAAAAAAAUAUUCUUCUUUCCAGGAAAAAAUGAACGAGUUGGAAAAGCUGCGCAGUGAGGCGAGGCAACGGGCCAAGUUAAAGACCGAUGAGCAACUCGGAAUCGGUAGAGAUUUCUGUUAUUAAAAGUAACAUCAAAAUUGGGAGAACAAAAUUAGGUUCAAUAACCAUCAAAAAGUACAAGCGAAAGAUCAACAGCAACUUGAAGAGAUCCCAGAGAAAGCAGAGAUAUAUCUUUCUCUAACUUCUCUUCAAAAAGUAUAGAUUGAUAACGGUUCAACUUGCGUAUUUGAUUCGAAGUUUAAAAAAUUAAUAACUUUCGAAAAACUGAACAUUUAUCAUUUUUUGAAUGUAAACUAGUAGCUUUUCUUGAGUUUCUUAUCCGAGUUCAAAGCUACUUUCAGAAAGUAGAGGGAAAUUAGGUUGAAGAAGUCACUUAAGAGUACUUGACAGUCCUGGAGGAAACCUUUCAAAAUCAGCUUUGAACUCUACCAGAAUUUUUUUCAGUUGAUAUUUGAGUAGAAAAAUAGUUUACUGUUUCAUGGAAACUGCGAAAACUUUGAACUGAUUCGUUUCGAAAUCCAGAAUCCACUUCGACAAAACGAUCGUCGCUUGAAAAGAUCUCUUCCUCAGUUGAGAAAUCUGCGGGAAAAGUCACAGCCAGGGCAAGUACCGUCUCUCCACCGACGAAUCGUGGAAAAGUGAAUCAAGAAGAUCAAAAAGAGAACUCAACCCGAAACUUGUUCAGAAAGUGACGGAAAAAGCGGUCUCGCUGCUCGAUGAUAUGCCGUCGAUGCGGAGAACCAGCAGUGGUCGGGACACGGCGGGAAUGACCUUGGUUGAAGAGGUCACUCCAAAAACGCCUCCAGUGCCGUCGUCAGAGCCGCCAAUGGUGAGAGAAAGGGAUUUGUCAUAGGAAUGUUCAUUUUUAUUCAUUCAGGAGUUGAAAAACAUCUCAUUGACUUUUGAAUUUUGAAAAAGAGAAACCUUAACUUUUUAGAGUUAUCAUGGUUUCAUGAAGAGUUUGAAAAAGCGGCCAGGCUAUCUGAAUCUUGAGUGAUCACUGUAGUAACUACUUGGAUUUUUAGAGUCCAUUUAAGGAGCUUUAAAACCUUCAUUCAACCUUCAGUAGACAGCUACCACUGAAGAUCCCAAAAAGUGUUUCUAAUCCUUGAAAAAAACUGGAUUUCUGACUAGUGAGAUGAUUACAAAAAGAAACGGGAGUCACACAGCUUGAAAAAAAUCCUGAAAAUAUUUUAAAAAAUAUCAAUGACUUUUUUGAAACCUUCAGAAUAGCUUCUAGAUCUUUAAAAAACCAGUGACCUUUUCUAACUUGCCGCCGUCAUUUCAUGACUUCAAUAAUGCUGUUUAACGAAAUUUUACAGCUUAAAUUGAAUCUUUGUUGCUCACUAACAAGGCGCCAAACUCCCAAAUACACCUCUAUAAUGAACCUUACAUUCCCUCUUAGUUCUACUAAAAUGUUUUUUUAAGAUUGAAACGCCGGUAAGAAGGCCGAUACCGCCGCCGCCGGUCGCGCCGUCCCAAGGAUUACUCUCCAAGUUGUUCAGCCCCAACGCUAUUCGCAAAGUAAUCGAUUGUUGGCUUAAUAAUACUGAUAAUUCAUUCAUAGAUCAGUGGGAACCCCCAACCAGUUCAUUUUGAUUAUAAAUUUUGAGAAGGACAGAAAAAUACGGCUUUUCUAACGUUUUUUCAUUGCCUCACCUUCAUUCCAAGAGCACUCUUAAAAAUCUAAUGAGAGGUUGAAAUAAAAGUUCAGGUCAACUUACUCGAUUAUGGUCUAAUAGGAAUGAUCAUUAAUUCACAGUUUAUUGUGGACCCUAACGAGUCCACUUUGUUUGAAAUUAUGAAAAAAAGAGACAUGGAAAUUAAAGAUUCUUAAGGGUUAUUCAGAGCACUCUCAAAAAAAUCUUAUGAGAGGCUAAAAAAAAAUAUCUAGGUCAAUCUACUCGAUCCUGACCGUCUUCAUUGUGAAAGCAAACGCGAGGUGAAAAUGCUCGAGAAUCCGGUUCGGAAAAUGCGGCUGAAACGGUCUGAAGUCGGCCCGCCUCCUCCGCCAGCUUCCAGUAUCGAAUUAUCGACAAAUUGAUUCUCACCUUUGAAUCGACAGAAUUGUCGAUGGAGAAGCCGUUGAGCACGAUUUGCGAUCCGAACGGGAAGGUACCUUGUGUGGCGGUGGCCCCGUCGCCAAGGAAGACUCCGACUCCGAUCGGACCCUCGACGUCGACUUCCGUGCACCCCGCUUCUGAUGGUAGAGUCAUUUUAUUCAAGUCGAAGUAGUUGAAAAAAAUUUGGAUUUUUAAAUUGCGUUAUCAAUUUUUUCAGAGAAUUGGCUAUUACUUGAUUCUCUUCCAACUGAACGAUAGAAAUUGAGAAAAAAGAAUCUAAAGCAAUAACACUUUUUUCAGAGCGAACCGCGUCGCCGAUGAUGAGCCGCAACGAAUCUGACCGCGCCGCGCAGUUGAUUCAAAAGCAUGCCGAAAAAAAUGAUUCGGUAUUUUUGUUUUUUUAUUAUUAUUGGAACAUGAGUAGUGAGGAAAAUUUCGAAUGUAUCUUUUUUCCAUGUAGAACAAAUAUCCAUCCUGCUGAAAAUCUUGUUGUUCACAGCUUCAGAUAGUUGAGAGAGUACUCAAGUAUGCCUUUUGCAAUUUGAGGUGCAAAAAACCUUCCUGAUUUCAAGAAAGUGGUUUUCAGUCAAUCAAUCAAUAUUUAUUGGUUGUUUUAGUCCGAUGGAAUCGACUAGGCGGUGAAAAAAAUGCUCAUUUGAGCGGUACGAACACCAUUUCUUGAUCCUUUGUCAUCAACCGGUUGAUUUGUUUUUUAAAUUUUCUUAUUUUGAGAUUUGAGAGUCCGUAGAAAGUUAUAGGAUUUUCUCAAUGGAAAAAAUGUUCCAACAGAUUUUCAAGCGUUAAUAUUCAAACAAUGGCUCAAAAUUUUCAAAUGAGACUAUUCUAACAUCAAAAUUUGAAGCCAACAAGCGGAGGAACGUCUCCGACGGGAGCAGGACCUGCAGAGAAGUUUGGAGGAGUGCGAAGUUCGGAUGGAGACCCUCAAAUCCAAAGGCGCCGAAUAUGAGGCCAAACUUCGGCUGAGUAAGUCUAACCGGAUCGAGUGAAAAUCCAAUGACGGUUUUCAGAACCGCGUGACUCGUUCAUGCUCGAUUGCUGGAACGCCCUUGUACAGGAGCAGAAGUUCUUGAAGUGGCGUCAGGAGUGUCUCAUGCUCCGAAAGCAGCAGUUUGAGCUUGAGGUUGGUUUUUUUUUCCCGGGUUGAAGGCCUGAUUUGGCUUCGAUACUUUUUAAGGUACUGGAAUAAGAAUUUUUAGAAGUAACUCUAAAAAAAAUGGAUGAAAAUGUAGUCAAAUUAACUUAAUUUCAAGAAAAAUAACCGAUAUAAGACGAAAAGAACUAGUUCAGAUUUUUAGGUGCUUUGAAAAAAAUACGAAAAAAACGCCGCAGAAUUACUUGAAAACAUUGAAAUUCUUAAAAGUAUGAGAUUAAUAGUUGGCUUUAAAAAAAUCGUGGAAUAAUAGCCAAAAUAGCAUUAGAAAACCUGUAAGAUUUAAAAAUUGAGCCCAUUUUUUAUUAUUUUUAAAAAAAAAUUAGCUGCCAAAUCGAGCACCAGUGUUACCAAAAUCAGAAAACCUCGCUCAAAAAUAGCCUAACCGAUUUUUUUGCUUUUUGUGAAUUACAAACAUUUUUUUGAUGAAUUACGAACAUUUUUCAGAGGAAAUACAAAGAAUUGAACGAGAAGCUCAACGCUUUGAACGACGAUGACGACGGCUCCCGACGGGUAUUUUGACAUCCGAACGACUUUCUAUGGGAUUUUCGAUUCCAGGCCGAACUUCUGGAGCAGAUGUUGGAGGUCGUGGCAAAGAAGAAAGAGAUCAAAACUCGGGUCGACGUCAGCAAUUCGUCCCUGAAGUCGUCGCGACCUUCGGCCCAAGACCUCGUCGACGCCGGCUACGAUUUCCGACGUCUUCAGCCCGUCUUCUCGCCACCAUCUAACAAAUGA